GGGGCGAGAGAGAGAGGAGGUGGAAGAUGAGUUUGAUGUUGACAACACUGACGAAGAAGCGGGAGGUGGACUCCAUCAUCAGAGACACCAUCGACAAAGUUCUCGUCCUUCGCUUCGGCAGAUCCUCCGACCCUAUCUCUCUUCAGCUCGACGACAUCAUUUCAAAAUCAGCACGGGAGGUGUCGAAGUUUGCAACUGUAGCAUUGGUUGAUAUUGAUUCAGAGGAGAUUCAAGUAUAUGUCAAGUAUUUCGACAUUACCUUCAUACCGUCGACAGUUUUUUUCUUUAAUGCUGAUCACAUGAAGAUGGAUUCAGGGAGUGCAGAUCACACCAAGUGGGUUGGUGCAUUUCACCGAAAGCAGGACUUUAUUGAUGUUGUGGAGGCGAUAUACAGAGGGGCCAUGAAAGGCAAGCUGAUUGUGAGCUGUCCCUUGCCUCCAGAGCGAAUACCGAAAUUCCAGUUGUUGUAUAAAGAUGUCUAAGAGGUGGGCUGGGUCUUUGGUCUUGAGACGCAUCAGUUGAGGUUAUACAAUGACAUGGAUUAUAUUGGGAGGAUAUAGCUCCCCCUUGUAUAUUUUGUAAGGUGCAAUUUGGAACUCCAUCUCACAAAUUGAAUGGAAAUAUCCAAUUCUGUGUUCUUGAUAGUGAAAUUCAUGUAAACUUUAUCUUUUUGAAUAAUAUUCAUGUGGGGUGAUGCAA